AAGUCAACGCGAGAAAAGCGCGGGAGAAUGGGGGAGGGCAAAGUCGCAUCCCACGGAGGAUUGGGAGAGGGUGAGCGCGCCGCGAUGGUAAAGAGCGCGCGAAUGGGUGGAGUCACGAAGGCGGGAUGAGGAAGAUACGACGAUCGACAUGUUCAAACUUGACCUUGGACUAGUGCCUUCGACGAAGCGACCCCAGCGAAGGAAAACGCGUGCGGAUAGUCACGCGUUCCGGCACCGCGCGAUCAUCCGACCGCCGUCGCCUUCUCCUCCAACCGAGCUCAUCCCUCGAUCACGACCGCCUUCGCUGCCCGCGCCUCCUUUAUGGCAUGGAUCGACUCCGUCCUCGCGUCCCUGCUUCACAACGUGUUCCUCCCCCUGAUCGUGCUCAGCGUUUGCCUCAGGUACGCGCUCCAGCGAGACUACACCGCGCGACGCCUCAAGUUCCAAGCGUGGCUCUCCAACUACAUGUCGUACCGGGAGACGGGUGCCAUGCUGGAGGCAAAGGAGAUCCUAUUCGGCAAGCUCGAGUCGAUCGUCUCUCGCGACUGGUACCUGCGCAACCUGGGGCUCAUCCGGAUACUCGAGAUCGGCGCGGGCUCCGGUUCGAAUCUCGCCUUCUACCCGAGGAACUGUCACCUCGUAGCCGUGGAUAGCAACCCGUUCACGGCAUCUUAUCUGCGCCGAAAGUUGGCGCGCGUUCCCGUGCUCCUCGAGAUGUUUCUCGUGCAGAACGGCGGCUCGCUGAACAACGUCAAGAGUUGCUACGUGGACGCUGUUGUCACCACGCACGUGCUUUGCGGCGUCAAGGAUUUGGACGCCGUGCUCAAGGAGAUCGCCCGCGUGUUGGCGCCGGGCGGCAAGUUCUUCUACGUGGAACACAUGCGGCACGAUCCGGGCGACUGGCGUCGCUACGUGCAGAUGCUCAUCGACCCGCUCUGGCGGAGGCUCUUCAACGGCUGCAGCCUGACGCAGGAGCUGCAUGACGGCAUCCAGAAGUCGGCGCACUUUUCUUCGGUGUCGCAGUGCAAGGUGUACUCGGCGCGGAGCAAGUUUGUCGGCAUUUUCCUCAACCCCGUUCUAGUGGGUAUCGCAACCAAGAGGGAGUUUGUGCGGAGGAGGCCGAUGAAGUUGAGCAACGCAUUUCUGACUACACGGGCAAUGUAGAG